UUCAUUGCGCGAUACAUCAGUCAUCAUCGAAAUUGCAUCGAAUGACAUACACACAUUGUGUGUCGUCUAAUAUUUUUGUUGUACGUGAAUUCAAUUUUGUGUCGAAAAUUUCGAAUAAUUGACGGUAAACUAUUUAAUAUUAAGUUCUAAUGCGGUUUUAUCGAGUGUAAUAAAAUUGUGCGGUUUCUUAACAAAAAUGGAUUGAAAUUUGAAACGAAAACAAAGAGUUUUCUGCUUACCAUUCACAUAUAAAAACAUUUUAAACCAAAGUGGUAAGCUAAAAGAACUUAGGUAAUCCACAGGUGUGUUAAUAAAUAACGCUUUUGUGUGUUGGUAGUGUUGUGUAGUGCUGAGCAACGACCAAAAAAACCGAUAAAAUAGUUAGCGUUGCAUGUUUUCAAAUUUAAUGCUGCACAAUAUUGUCUAGGAUUUAUUGCUCGAUGAUUGCUGCACUCUAUAAUUUUCAGUUUGAUUAUUUAAAUGUUUGAAAUGAAAAAUUCUUAAAACGGUUUCACUAUGCCAGUGAUCCGUUGGCUCAAUUUUGACCGAAGAUAUUUUUGAUAUUAUUUUGUGAAGUGAAGUUAAAAUAAUAAAAAUUUCAUCGUGAAAAGUAAACAAAAAAUCGUUUUUGAGUAUGAAGUGACAUUGUUUUUUAAAAUAAAAUUUAAUUGCGCUUACUACAACUGCUAUUCGGCUGAGCGUAGAUAGCGUUUGAUGUGUAAAGUGAGAUUUAAAAAAUUAAAGUAAAAUGCAUUUGGUGAAAAGGAUUUUCAAUUCAUCGCACAAAUGGAUUAACUACAGUAACAUAUCAAAUUGCUUGAGGAUACUCAUACUAUGGAAUGUCGUCGGCUUUUGCCUAUGUAGUGAUCAACCGCAACUGCAACCACCAAGAUUCACAACCCAACCAUCAUCGUCUGGUUCCAUUGUUAGUGAAGGGAGAACGAAAAUACUUCAGUGUCAUGCUCUGGGCUAUCCACAACCGAUGUACCGAUGGCUGAAAGAUGGUCUCCCAAUGACAGACUUUGGCAGCAGUCAAUACUAUCGAAUAUCGAACACAAAACGAGACGAUGCCGGCUCGUACCAGUGUAUAGCGAAAAACGAUGCUGGAACAAUAUUUAGCGAAAAAAUUGAUGUUGUUGUUGCGUACAUGGGAAUCUUUGAAGAUUUUACCGAACGUCGUGCUUCAGUACAAUCGGGUCAUCCAGCAAUAUUAGAUUUAGCACCAAUCGAAUCCAUUCCACCGCCAUCGGUAACGUGGCAAGGAGAAGAAGGACCACUUAACUACGACAUUAAGUAUGCCGAGACCACCAAAAAUCAAUUAAUUAUUUUAAGUGCCGAUGAAGACGAUCAGAGGGCGUACCGGGCUCGAGCUAUCAACACUCAGCUGGGCAAAGAGGAAAACAGUGCAUUUGUUCACUUGAAUGUAUCCGGCAAUCCGUACACAGAAAUUGCACCCGAAAUAAUUAUUCAUCCGGAAAAUUUAAAAAUUGUUCGUGGUGAACAGGUGGCUCAAAUGCAAUGCAUUGCAAAUGCGCGCCCAUUGCACGAAUUAGAAACACUGUGGCUGAAAGACGGCAUUUUGAUAGAGAAUGCGGGCAUCGCACACACGUUAAAUGAUCCGUGGAACAGAACUUUGGCAUUGUUGUCCGCCAACUUGACACACACAGGAUCGUACACAUGCCAGGUGCGAUUGCGAAGCGGUGGUUUUCCAAUGGUUACAUCAUCGGCUACAGUAACUGUAAUGGAACCGCCAACGUUUUUCGCACCACUUCGAUCGGAAACGCUCGGCGAUUAUGGCGCUCAAUUGAUUGUUCCGUGCGAUGUCAUUGGUGAACCUCCACCAUAUGUAACAUGGUUUCGAAAUGCUGAAGCGCUGGAUUUAUCUGGUGAUAGGUAUUCGGUUCGAGACGAUAAUGCGCUGGUUAUCAAAAAAUUGUCUAUGGACGAUUCGGCAAUGUUUCAGUGCUUAGCAUCGAAUGACGCUGGUGAAAAGUCGUCAUACACAUGGCUGAAAGUAAAAACUACACUAUCCACUGCUAAUCAUAUUAAAAAAAAUAACAAAAGAGCCAAACGUAUGGCUCAGCCGCGAAUAAUACGGAUGAGGGCUUCGUCUACAUCUUCUUCUGCUUCAUCUACUUCCACUUCGAUUGAAAAAUCGCACAAAGAUAAGGGAUUUCGCUUUCAUACCGGCACAUCGACACCAAUAAUGGAACAGCCGCCACAAAAUGUUACUGUUUUGGAUGGAAAAGAUGCCACGAUAAUUUGUCGAGCUGUAGGUGCUCCAACGCCGAAUAUCACAUGGAUUUAUAACGAAACGACUCCAGUGGAAUAUUCCGGCCGUGUUCAAGUCCUUGACUCGGGCGAUUUACUCAUAUCAAAUGUACGAGAAACGGAUGCCGGUUUGUACGCUUGCUCUCGUUCUAACGAAGCUGGAACCGUGAAUGGACAGGCUUUUCUUGGAGUAAUGGUUCGGACGCAAAUUAUUCAACCGCCUGUUGACACUACUGUUCUUCUGGGACUGACCGCAUCACUUCAAUGUAAAGUGUCUAGUGAUCCAUCAGUGCCGUAUAACAUUGACUGGUAUCGUGGUGACACUCAAUCCGCUCCGAUCACAAAUAGUCAACGAAUUGGUGUUCAAGCCGAUGGUACUCUAGAAAUCCAAGCAGUUCGUGCGGCAGAUGUUGGCACAUAUUCUUGCAUGGUUACUUCACCCGGAGGAAAUGAAACUCGUUCCGCUCGAUUGAGUGUGAUUGAACUGCCGUUUGCACCCACAAAUAUCAAAUCGGAGCGAUUAGACACCGUCACACAAAGAGCUAUAAAUGUGUCGUGGACACCUGGAUUCGACGGCAACAGUCCAAUUUUGAAGUUCAUCGUGCAACGGCGCGAAGUUCCGGAAUUGGGUCCCAUACCUGAUCCACUGUUAAAUUGGGUCACCGAAUUGAGUAACGUAUCGGCCGAUCAACGCUGGGUUUUAUUGACCAGUUUGAAAGCAGCUUCGGUGUAUCAAUUUCGGGUCAGUGCUGUGAACAGUGUUGGCGAAGGUUCUCCUUCCGAGCCAAGUAACGUCAUCAAGUUGCCACAGGAAGCACCAUCUGGUCCUCCGGUCGGAUUUGUCGGUUCAGCGAGAUCGUCUUCCGAAAUUAUUACGCAAUGGCAACCUCCACUCGAGGAACAUAGAAAUGGUCAAAUUCUCGGUUACAUUAUUCGUUACCGUCUUUAUGGAUACAAUGAUAGUCCAUGGACCACUCGAAACAUAACCAAUGAGGCUCAACGGAACUUUCUCAUCCAGGAACUGAUAACAUGGAAAGAUUAUGUUGUUCAGAUUGCUGCAUACAACAAUAUGGGUGUCGGUGUGUUCACAGAAGGUGCGAAGAUAAAAACGAAAGAAGGCAUUCCAGAAGCACCGCCCGUAAAUGUUCGCGUUAUGGCAGUGAAUUCAACGGCAAUUCGUGUGUGGUGGAAACCUCCAAAUCCUCAGCAAAUCAACGGCAUCAAUCAGGGAUAUAAAAUACAGGCCUGGAAUAUUGAUAAAAUUGAUGGCGAAGAUCAACAAGUCGAAGCGAAAGUGAUGACUGUGCCGCCGAGUCUAUUGGAUCCUCUAGCUGAACAGAAUGCUGUUAUGAGCGGACUUGAUAAAUUUACCGACUACAACAUAACUGUGUUAUGUUUUACCGAUCCCGGUGAUGGUGUAAGAAGCGAGAGUGUUUAUGUGAAGACCAAGGAAGAUGUUCCCGAUGAGGUGGGAUCACUUCAAUUUGAUGAAGUGUCAGAUAGAGCUGUAAAAGUGUUGUGGACUCAACCGAAAAACACCAAUGGAAUCUUGAUGGGUUACCAAGUUCGGUAUCAGAUCAGAGACAUGCCCGACACUUUGAAAGUUGUCAAUUUAACGUCGAAAGAAACCAGCCUGAAGGUUUCCCAGCUGAUGGCUACUACGCGAUAUCAUUUUGAAGUAUCUGCGUUCACUGCAGUUGGAUCUGGACCGGUUAAAACUGCAACAAUGCAAUCCGGCGUCGAGCCUGUUAUUCCAUCACCGCCGACGCAACUUGCUUUAUCUAACAUCGAAGCAUUUUCAGUUGUUCUUCAAUUCACUCCCGGAUUCGACGGAAAUUCGUCGAUAACAACAUGGACUGUGGAAGCUCAAACAGCUAGAAAUUUGACGUGGUUCACUGUCUUCGACAUAUCCGAUCCUGAUGCAUCAACGCUGACGGUAACUGGCUUGAUGCCAUUUACGUCUUAUCGCCUUCGACUGCUAGCAACGAAUGUCGUCGGUUCUUCUCAACCUUCAGAACCUUCCAAAGAUUUUCAAACAAUUCAAGCCAGACCCAUGCAUCCACCGUUGAAUGUUACUGUUCGCGCCAUGAGCGCAACAGAAUUACGUGUACGUUGGAUUCCGUUGCAACAAACAGAGUGGUUUGGUAAUCCUCGUGGUUAUAACAUUACAUACCGAAACGUUGAAAAUGGCUCACAAACACAGCCACUGAGUGCUUUGAUUGAGGAUCACACAGCUAAUUCGCAUGUUCUGGAUAAUCUUGAAGAGUGGGCAGUGUAUGAAAUUGUGAUGAAUGCGUGCAAUGACGUGGGUACAUCGAAAGACAGUCCGAAAGCACUGGAAAGAACACGAGAAGCGGUACCUUCAUUCGGUCCGAUUAAUGUUGAAGCAAAUACCACAUCGUCAACGACAAUUGUUGUGCGUUGGGGUGAAGUUCCUAAACGUCAUCGUAAUGGCCAAAUUGAUGGCUACAAAGUAUUUUAUGGAUCUGCCGGCCGUGGCGGCGUUCUGCACAAAACAAUACCGAACAAUUCAACAUUUACUACAACACUGACGGAGCUCAAAAAAUUUGUUGCUUACCACGUCCAAGUACUUGCCUAUACGAGACUAGGUGAUGGUGCACUUAGUGUGCCACCGAUUCGUGUUCAAACAUUCGAAGAUUCUCCAGGCGCACCAUCCAACGUUUCAUUCCCAGAUGUGUCAUUCAGCACAGCUAGAAUCAUUUGGGAUGUGCCAGAGGAACCUAACGGAGAAAUAUUGGCAUAUAAAGUCACAUAUUCACUUAACGGUUCAGUGAAUCUAAAUUAUAGCAGAGAAUUCCCUCCAUCUGAUCGAACGUUUAGAGCGACUCAACUAUUAGCGGAACGGUACUACAUAUUCAGUGUAACUGCACAAACUAGACUGGGAUGGGGCAAAACAGCAUCCGUUCUUGUUUACACCACUAACAAUCGUGAACGACCACAACCACCGUCAUCGCCUCAAAUAUCUCGUAGCCAAGUUCAAGCUCAUCAAAUCACAUUCAGUUGGACUCCCGGCCGAGAUGGAUUUGCACCGCUUCGGUAUUACACGGUUCAGCUCCGUGAAAACGAAGGUCCUUGGACGUCACUUUCCGAAAGAGUCGAUCCAUCAGUUACAUCAUUCACAGCCGCUUCACUUAAGCCACAUACAACGUAUCAAUUCCGAAUACAAGCAACAAACGAUUUGGGACCAUCAGCAUACAGUCGUGAAAGUAUUGAGGUUCGUACACUGCCUGCGGCUCCAUCGGAAGGAGUUUCAGGAUUGCAAGUCGUCCCGAUUACGACUACUAGUGUGCGAGUACAGUGGAUUGCAUUGGAGAAGUCACUAUGGAAUGGAGAUUCUGCAACUGGCGGCUAUCGAGUAUUAUUUCAACCAAUAUCCGACUUUCCAACAGCACUGCAAGCUACACCAAAACAAGAUAUCAUGUCAAUUGCUUCCGAUUCGGUUGUACUGAGUGACUUGACCCAAGAUCGAAACUAUGAAAUCGUCGUUCUUCCAUUUAAUUCACAAGGUACUGGUCCGGCCAGUAAGCCAGUUGCAGUCUACGUUGGUGAAGCAGUUCCCACAGGCCAGCCUCGUUCGGUUGAUGGUGCACCAGUUUCGUCUACAGAAGUUCGGCUACGCUGGAAACCACCGCAACAACAACAGCAAAAUGGAGAUCUGCUUGGCUACAAAAUUUUCUAUUUGGUCACUGAAUCACCACAAGAAUUGGAAGAAGGUCGGAAAUAUGAAGAAGAAAUCGAAGUUGUGCCAGCAUCAACUACAUCGCAUAGUCUAGUGUUUUUGGAUAAAUUUACCCAAUAUCGCAUACAAAUUCUUGCUUUUAAUCCAGCUGGAGAUGGACCAAGAUCAGCUCCACUUGUCGUCAAAACGUUACAGGGAUUACCAGGACCACCAGGUGCUCUACAAUUCAGUGAAAUCACAAUGCAAAGUUUGAAGGUGUCGUGGGAUCCACCCAAGAAGAGAAAUGGUGAAAUUCUUGGUUACAUUGUGACCUACGAAACAACCGAAGAAAAUGAUAAGUUUAGCAAACAAGUGAAGCAGAAGGUAUCGGGAACACAGUUAAUCAUCCAAAAUUUGGAAGAAGAAGUCACCUACACGUUCACGGUACGUGCACAGACGAUCGACUUUGGACCGCCGGUAAUUGGCAAUGUGACAACUGGGCCACAAGAAGGGUCACCAUUUUCGCCUCGUGAAUUAACGUUGACCAAAACAGCGUCUAGUGUUGAUAUGCACUGGCAAAAUGGAGCAUCGGGAAAGGGGCCAAUACUGGGCUAUUACAUAGAAUGCAAGAAGCGAGAGACAAAACAGGCAUUUCUUUACGACGAUGCUCGAUGGGAAACAGUCGCUCGGACAACAUCAGGACCACUAGAAGAAUUUACGGUUAGCUAUCAAAGUUUACUUCCAUCCACUGCGUACACAAUUCGAGUGAUAUCUUACAACAAAUACGGCAUAUCGUGUCCGGUUGUAUCGAAAGAAGCCGUUUUGACUCCAUCGAAACUAUAUCUGGAAUAUGGAUAUCUUCAGCAUAAACCAUUUUACCGACAAACGUGGUUCAUGGUGGCUUUGGCGGCCACAUCCAUUGUUAUUAUAAUCAUGGUCAUUGCUGUUUUGUGCGUUAAAAGCAAAAGUUAUCGAUAUAAGCAUGAAGCACAAAAGGCCUUGGAAGAGUCAAUGGCAAUGUCUAUCGACGAUCGUCAGGAGUUGGCGUUAGAGUUAUAUCGCUCAAGGCACGGCGGUGGCAAUGGAACAAUAAUGUCCGGCAAUAGUUCAAUGGGUCGCCGCAAUAUGGGUACAAUGAGUCGUAAAGCGGCUCAACAAGCUGCAGCAGCAGCUUCAUUGGGCAAAUCACCUCCACGACCAUCACCAGCGUCGGUGGCAUAUCACAGCGACGAAGAGAGCUUAAAGUGUUACGAUGAAAAUCCAGACGACAGCAGCGUGACGGAAAAGCCGUCGGAGGUCAGUUCUAGUGAUUCACAGAACUCAGAAAGUGAAAACGAAAGCGUUCGAUCGGAUCCGCAUUCGUUUGUGAAUCAUUAUGCCAAUGUUAAUGAUUCGUUGCGACAGUCGUGGAAACGCCAAAAACCAGUAAGAAAUUAUUCCAGUUAUACAGAUUCGGAACCGGAAGGCAGUGCCGUGAUGAGUUUGAAUGGUGGCCAAAUUAUCGUCAAUAAUAUGGCCAGAUCAAGAGCGCCGUUGCCCGGAUUUUCAUCAUUCGUUUGACCGAAUAUGUGCGGUAGCGAUUCGUUGAACGUCUAAAAUCUGUUUUCGGUUGUUCUUUCGGUUUAUUCGUUUUUAAGUUUUUGACUAUAACCUUACACAGACACUCUCUACCCCUCUCCCGAUUUAUUUAAUUUAUUUUUUGUUUCGUUUUUAUUUUUUUGUGAUAAAAAGUGGACUUAAACAAUGUGGAAUUAGAAUUUAAGUGAGAAGCGUGCAUUUUUACGACUUACGAUUACUUUUGAGGGUACACAAAGACUAUAUUUUUUAUGGGCAAAAACCAACUAAAACUUUUUGAAAGUAGAGUAGAGACAGACUGCUCUUGCGGACGGAUGUGUACAUAUAUUAACAGGUAAAAUAUACGAAGGCACGCGUAUUGAUUAAUUUUAUUGUUUAAAGAUUUUGUGUAAGUCUUUGUGCUAGUUAGGUCUAACGAACGAGUAUAAAUAUAAAAAAUAAACAUUUAUAGAUGUAACGAGUGACUGAAUUUUUCUAGUUUUUAUUUCUACUUUAAAUUGUAAUAAUUUUAGUUAGGCCAAGCAUUAGUGAUGGCAAUGUGACCAACAAUCAACCGAAUGAAUUGCAUGAAUUGAAAGUACGGACAAUUUGAGUAUGGCGAAAAAAGCAGGUCUCUAAAAUUACAGUAAAGCCAAACACAACAUUGCCUUUCAUUUGCGGUUCCAUUAAAUUGAUCUCUGUCGUUCGAUCAUUCUCGAUUUAGUUCAAUGUAGAGAUAUUUGCGAAUUAGUUAUUUGUUGCAUUUUACGCAUCGCUAUUUCGUUCGAAAAAUUGCGGUUUUUUUUUCAAUUUCAUCUCGCCUGAAGAAUAAACUGUUUCUCAUUCAGUCUACCACUUUUGAAGUUUCAUUGGUUCCGUUGACUAAAUUCAGCUGUCCGCUCCGAAGUUUUUUUUUUAAAGAAUAAAGCGGUCGAAAAUUGAAACAAUGUAGCUUCAAAAGCUACAAACUUACUAAAAUUCUCGUCAGCUCGGACAAGAAGCUAAUGGUUCUUCCAGUGAAAGUAGCAAACCAAGUAGAUUGGUUACGGCUGAUACGUUAAUCAAUCAUCAAUCUAACGAAUAUUCGUACUAUGUUUUGAUUUUACUGUAACAAAUCUAUUGAGUGUGUGUUCAUCGAACUGAGAGCAAGUGUUUCGAGAUAGUGUAACGUGACAGCGAAAUAAUAUUUUUGGGAUAAACGUUUCUCGAAAUUUGGUGAGAAGUCUUCGAUUUGAAAAACUUAGACAUUUAUUUCUCCAAAUUCCGUGAAAGAUUAAUUGGAUUAAUUGUUGACCGAAUAGAAUUAAUGUACCAGAAAAAUUCCAAUUCACUCAAAUAUAACCAGACACACAACCGCACUCCACAAAACUCACUUUAUGCAAUUCGACAAAAUCCAUAAUGUUCUCUCAGAAAAACCAGAAAAAUAGCUUGACAGUUAACAGUAUGGAACGUUAUAUCAAAAUAAAUCAAAUCAACUUUAACAUAUGUCUGAACGAAGACGCAGAGCAGCGCAUUUAACAUUUACAUAAGAAAUCAUUUUGAAGUUAUACCAUUGAUCACUGCCGAUUAUUACGAAAUUAAAUGACAAUUUAAUGAGAUGAAAAAUGAAACACUUUAAGCGUUUGUUUGACCGUUAACAAAUCAAUCGAUGCCAUGAACAAUUUUUUAGUUCAUUUUUAUAAUUAAAAAGUAAAAAAUAUAAAAAAAACAAGCAAAACUUAUAGGAAAGAAAAUGGAACGUCUUUUCCGUGACUAACAACAACAUUGCUCUUUACAAACUCUAUAUAUUUCUUAAUAAAACUUAAACUUAAACGAUUGUAAAAAUAAAUUGUGAUUUUAAACAAAUUAAUAAUUAGAAAAUGGAACAAAAAAAUGCAAGCAACUAAGGAUUAAAAUUAAGUUAACGAAAUUGAAAAUCUUAUAAUUUAAUGUCAAUUCCCACCAAUGUCAGAAAAAUAAUUUAUGAAAAAAAAUCUAAAUCGAUGCGCUGUGACAAUUUAAACCAACAAAAAAAUAUUUCUUAUUGCUUACUCGCCCGAUUCCAUUCCAUUUGCGGACUUAUCAGAUCAAGUACAAUGCAAUGAUAGAAAUUUUUGUUUUAUUCUUGCGUCACUCUCAUGGCUCACAAAACUGUAUCCGGUAGAUUCGUUGUAAACUCACAAAAACAAAACCCUUCUGAAAAACACGCUCCAUCGAUCCAUAUCCUGGAAUGUGAUUGAAGCAAUUAUUUCGUUCCACUAUCAGUAUCCAAUAUCAGAAGGGUUUCGAUCACUACAAACCGUAAUAGCACCGCAAAGUUUCAGUAUGGAAUUAGCUGUAAGCUGAAAUAUGAAAUCAUUUGUGAUAUUCUAAUAAUUUAGAGUGCUGCACCGGCCGACCGAUUGACAGUCGGUGACUAAAGUGAAGUCGACGUAUUUGGCCGGUGCAGUAUUCCAAAAAUUCUUUUACGUGGCUCAAAGUAAUUCAAUAAUAGCCUCGGUUUCGCCUCAGAUCAGGAAAAUGUUAAUAAAAAUUUGACUUCCCAGCUUCAGUUUCUCGUCUAUAAAGUUUUUAAUAAUUUAUAGAAAAAUUUAGAGACAUAACUGUACUAAGUGCACUGAUGGAGAAGAAUUAUCUGAUCUUAUCAAUUUCAUUGGACAUUAGCAAUGGAAUAUCAUUUUCAGAAAUGAAACUUAUUUUACCACACAGGGCAGACGUAAAUGUUUUUUAAUUAGAAAUUUUUGAAUUUAUGAAAGAAAGAACUGCAGAUGUCCGAAUCAUCAACGAAUCAGUGGAAAUGGAAGCAUAUUAAAAGUUACUUCAUUGAACUAUCUGGAGUUUCUUUGUUGGGCAUUUAAUAUGCUAUUAUUGUCCGCUGCUGAACAUUUAAUAAUUACUCUGUCUAAAAUGUCAUCUCAGAUUUCUUCUGUGAUGAAUCCGAUCUAUAUUAUUCGGAAAUUUCUUGGGAAAUAAUAACGGAAUAGUUUUGCGGAAAACGAGCUAUGAUUGUGGUUUAAUUAAAGAAGCUUCAGAAGCUUCAGAAGUAUGCCACUUAAAGCCAAUUUAACACGUCACGUUAGGAGCAUACAAAACGUUUAAUAGUUUAAAUUCAACUCAAAUGUAUUUAGGUCAUUAUUUGGACAUUCUUAUUUAGUGCGAUUGCAUUCAGUGCUACAAAAUUUUCAACUAUAAACAGUUAUUUUUUCACCCAGGGAAAGAAAAAGUUGGAAAUUUUAUUUCGAGGGUGUUGUUUCACCCGAGAAAAUUACAUUUUCUACUUUUUUCCCGAGGUCAACACAACGUCUUACACAACAAAGGCUCCCGAAUUUUCUUCUGAAGUGAUAAAAUGACUAUUUCAUCGCCUGUGUUGUGAAAAACCAAAUUGUCCAAAAUGAAGGAAGGUAAUGGUCACAAAUCACGAGUACAUUCAUUCUUCUCUCCAUUACUCCAUUACUCUAUGCAACGUGUUAUACGUUUUGUUGCUAUCAAAUGAACCUCCGCAUCGAAUUUAAUUUGAUUGUUCAAUAGAAAUGAAUGUCCAGUUUUUUCGAUAGUGAAAAUCAUUCCAUUGCUACUGCACAAUAUCGCUCAGUUUGAAUUGUCACAGCCGCAUUUAUUUUAUCGUGCAAUUUGUGUUCAACGUCCAUAUAUGUAAUGUAAUAUGAAUGACAGAAUUAUUUGGAUUGACAACAUGAGCACUGGUGGCUUUUAAAAAAUAUGACACUGAAUGUAAAUGUAAAUAAAUUUAAU